UUUUUUCACCCAAAAAAAUUAAUAUAAAUAGGUCUUAAGGCAAAGUAUACCUAAUCAGAAAAAUGUUUGUACAACUGGCGUUGGUGCUCCUACUUUCGUGGGGACUUCUGGGCGAGUCCGAUGCAUUUGGUGGAGAUACGCGAAUCAUAGGGGGUCAUGAUACUCCUAAUGACAUAGCGAAUUACCAAGUCUCCAUACGAAGGCCAUACCAUAAUGAAGAAUUUCACUGGUGUGGCGGUUCUAUCAUACACGAAGAAUGGGUUUUAACAGCUGCUCACUGCACAUAUGGUAUCGAUGCCAAUCAGCUACCCAUUGUGGUGGGAGCAACCGACCUAAAAUCAGGUGGCGACCGUUACAAAAUAAAGAAAAUUAUCGUUCACGAGAAAUACUCAGAAGAAGAUUUGACAAAUAACGUAGCUCUUAUGAAAGUCGACGGUAAAAUCAAAAUGAAGAAAAAUGUUAGGGUAAUCGAAUUGUGGAAAGAGCCUGUGGCUGUUGGAACAACCUGUGCUCUGACAGGAUGGGGAUUUAUUGACAAUCAUGGAACUAUGCCGAAAAAACUUCAAAUUCUGCUCUUGAGAAGUAUUAGCAACAAGGACUGCAACGAGCAGUUAAAACGUGCCAAAUUAACACCAAUCGAUGAUAAACAGCUUUGCAUGAGAGGUCAAAAUAAGAAGGGUGCUUGUGUAGGUGAUGCAGGAGGUCCUCUGGUCGCCUCUGAUGGAAAUAAAGGUCUUGUUCAAGUUGGAGUCAUGUCCACGGGAAAGUUUCCGUGCGCUCAAGGCCAUCCUGAGGUUUUUUCUUCAGUUUCUAGCUAUUAUGACUGGAUUAUGAAAAAUAUGAAGAAUUAAAUUGUUUCGACAAAUUUAUUUAUUAACUGGACAUUAUAGUCCAGAUAAAGAUUUGUUUUAUCAAAUAUAGUUCUUUUUUUAUUAUCAUAUGUAUCGCAUUAUGCACACUACAAUGUGACAUUUAAUAGAUAUAAAGUGGUAUUUAAAAAAUAUAUUAUUUUAUUUUGAAGUACACGUUUUUUUUACCAUUAUCAUCUAGCCUGUGUAUUAAAAGUUGAAAUACAGUCUCCAGUUAGUUUGUUGAUGUGUUCUUUUUUCAAAUAAUACAUCGGUUUAGUAUUUUAAUACAACAGGUGCUGUUCUAUGGCAAAACAAAUGUUUAGAGUAAUUUCAUAAGUUGAACGUGUAAA